UGACGGGAAUGCCGGGUACACGUAGGUUGAUGACGUGUUUGGCGACGCGGAUACGUAGGUAGGACGGUGGGUUGUAGUCUUCAUUUUUCCCCGUCAAAAGAAGGAACCUGGUCAACGUAAACCAACUACAAACACCCAAGAUGCCACCAAGACAUCACUGAUCUUCUAAGGAACGGGUCUUCUGGGCCAGAUCUGUGGAAGUUGGGCGAUAAGACGUCGUCAGCUGGAGGGAGUAACCGGGAAGUGUCACGUCAUCAUAUGGCCAGGUUGAGUAUCCGCUGCCCAGGACUGUCCUGUCAAUGGCGACCGGUCCCUCUCUCCCCCUCCCCCAAGUCCCAUGGAUUUCCCGGCCACACCCCACCUGGCUGCGCUCUUCAAGUACACCAUCAUCUUCGGACUUCUCGUGGCAUUCCUGGUGCUUCUCACGCUCGCUGUGGUGGAGAGCGACAAAUUCCUCCCGGCAGCGGGAAUCGAUAGAUACAUGCAGAGGAUGGCGUUCGGCGAGGCGACGGACACACGUGAUCCCAAUCUAUACUACGGCAUUGUUGUGGACUGUGGAAGUAGUGGAUCACGUGUGUUUGUUUACUCCUGGCCCAGACACACAGGGAACCCUGCACAGCUUCUUGAUAUUCGACAAAUGAGAGACCUACAAGGGAGACCUGUAGUUAAAAGAAUCACACCAGGUUUGUCCACCUUGGCAAGUAACCCUGAUGAAGCUAGUACAUAUCUAAAGCCACUGCUGCAAUAUGCUGCAUACCACAUCCCUCGGGACAAACACAAGGAAACCCCCCUCUACAUCUUGGCAACUGCAGGCAUGAGGAUGCUAUCAGAAAGUGACCAGGAAGACAUCUUGGAUAAUCUACGAGAAAAUGUUCCACUGGACUACGAAUUCCUCUUCUCAGAUACACAUGUGGAAGUCAUCUCUGGCAAACAGGAGGGAGUGUAUGCUUGGAUAGGGAUCAACUUUGUGCUGGGUAGAUUCAACCAUGCAGAGGAAGAUGACCCAAUGGUAGAGGUUGAGUUUGACCAGACCAGUCUGAGUGAGGCGUCCCAGGUUCCCUCCAUUCUGCGGAAGCGCACCGUUGGUGUGCUGGAUAUGGGCGGAGGCUCGCUACAGAUCGCUUUUGAAGUGCCUAAAAGUGUAAGAAUUGACAAGGAUGACAUUUCCAAGAGCCUGAUAGCAGAGUUCAACCUUGGCUGUGAUAAACACCACACAGAGCACGUGUACAGGGUGUAUGUGUCCACCUUCCUGGGGUACGGGAGCAACUCCAUCCUCAAGUUGUAUAGGGAGCAGAUGGCAAACACCUCAAGGUCAACAUCUAUCCUGGACCCCUGUCUGCCAAGGGACAUGCCAUUAGAACACACCACCCAAGAUGGCCGCCAUGUACACUUCAAGGGCACGGGGGACUACACAGUCUGUCGGACCAACCUCCAUCAUUUCCUGAACAAAACCGUCCCUUGUCAGAAACAACCAUGUUCUUUUAACGGUGUCUACCAGCCAAAUAUAGACUUUAAAAACAGUGAAUUUUAUGGCUUCUCAGAAUUUUGGUAUUCCAUGGAAGAUGUGUUAAGAAUAGGCGGGAAAUACGAGUAUAAAAAGUUUGAAAAAGCAGCCAGUGAUUUCUGUAAAACAAGAUGGAGCCUGCUGGAGGAUCGGUAUGAGAAAGGACUGUACCCCCAGGCAGAUGAGUACAGAUUUAGGUCCCAGUGUUUUAAGUCGGCGUGGAUGGCGACCAUCAUGCACGACGGCUUCAGCUUCCCCGCCAACUACAGCAGCCUACGGUCUGCACAGCUCAUCUAUGACAGAGAGGUCCAGUGGACUCUGGGAGCCAUCCUCUAUAGAACCAGGUUUCUGCCUCUCAAGGAAAUCCAGGCAGGAAUCCUCCAGCAGCAGUCCAGUUACAAGCCCCCUUGGGUCCGCGUGUCGGCACUCACCGGCUACCAGUACAUCUUCUUCCUCUGCUUCGGCAUCGUGGUCGCUGCCAUCUUCUUCUACAUCCGCCGCAUGGGAGGUCGACGGAUCUCACCUGUCAGGUCACCUCUGCACCACGUUCCCUCCAUGUCAUAUUUCAUGGUCGAUGAAGGCAUGGUUUGAAUCCAAGAAGAAAGAUUGCCUCAUCUUCUGAACAACGAUGAUAUAAGACAUCUUUGUUCAGGAGGAUGUCUGAUGUGACCAAGGUAAUCUGUACAUCUUGACAUCUUGUCUGGCUGUCAAGGUCAAGUCUGAUGUGAUCUUGACAGUCAAACAAGGAGGUCAGAAGGAGCAUGUACUGGGACUUGUAUGGACUUUAAACCAGUGGAGUAGUUUUUAUCUUGUCUCAACUACUGAGGUAUAAAAAUUGAAAAUCUAUACAAGUCUCGGUAUGUGCUCCUUCUGAUCUCCUUGUCUGGCUGUCAAUGUCACAUCAAGCUAUCCUUUUAACCAUCUAGGGUCAUGUACAGAGUUGUACAAAGUUGACCUAAAGAAAAUAUUGUUGCAUCUUGCAAUUAAAGACCAAAAGAUUAGUGCAAACUCUACAGAUCAGUUACAUGCAAGCGUUUAUGUUUCAAUGACCUUGUUAUCUCUGCAUCCAUCUUGGAUUAGAACUCUAUUUUGCCUGCCAUCCAGGCAUACAUUGUUAAUUAUAAUGUGGAAAUUUUGCGGUCAUUGCAGAAAAAAAAUGAGGAAUUGAAGCAAUCCUUUUUACUUUUAGACAAAUGAAGCACACAGACCUAUAGGGAACCGGAAGUGAUCCCCCAAAAUUGUACUCAAUGUAUGUUGUAGCAAACUUGAUAACAUGUUCUCUUUCAACAAAUCAUCCUUCUGUGACACCUGUUGGGUUAAACCCAGAGCUAGUGCAAUAUAACCUGGACAAAGAGCCUUGACUGUUUCAAUGUUGGAAUAGAGUCAUUUUAUCCUAUCAAUUUGUAUUUUCUUUAUAUGUACUGAUUAUGCAUAUGAUUCAUGUAUGGUUGAACUCAUGAUACAUGUAAUUUGAACAAAGAUUAUGCAAAUACUGUACAUGAAUAGCAAUCUCCUUUUAACACAUUGUACUCUGUAGAAAUAUUCAUGUUGAUAGCUAAUACAAGUUUUGGGACUGGAAACUGAGACAUAUACUACAGUAUUAGAGUUUUUCCUUGUACAAUCCUCUGUAGUUUGGUAGCGUGAGAAAAUAAUUUAGACGGUUUUAUUGUAUCAUUUGUCUCCUCCAAACUCCAACUAAUCAGAGUCAACUGCUCAACUCAAAUCUAGAUCUAGAAUCUGAUAGAACUCACACUCUCACUGCCAGAUAGUAAACAGUGCAAUUCUAAGUUGUACAGGAAAAAGAUUGCACACUUCAAACAGUAAUGUAUUUACAAGACUUACAGAGAAAGUUAUUUUUUAGAGAUUAAAGAGAAGGUGGCUGUGAGACAAUGGUCUGCCACAAAGGAUAUCCUAAAAGACAAAGUGUAACAUUCUUGUAUUCAGCACUAUUUAAACUAUGUCAGGUUAUAAAAGUAACAUUACAUAUACUAAUGAUUGUUACAUAUUUCUGUGCAAAAACAACCCACAGUAAUUUUGAUAACAAAGUUUUGGGGCACCAAGGAAAGAUCAUCCAAUCUCCCUGUUUUGUUCUGGACUCAGAAGAACUCAAAAUGAUAAUGCCAAAUGUGACACUUUGUCUUUGGGUAAUAUAUUAUUUAUUCAUCUAUGAUGGCAUAGGAAGCUGUCAAUAAAUUAUUUAUAAAGUUAUUUUGGGUUCAUCAGCACUUUGUGCCCAUGAAGAUCCAAGUUAUUGUGAAAUGUUCAUGGAGUUACUGUCACUGUACAAAGAGCCUUUCAGCUGAUUCAAAUCAAUUCUAUUAUUACUGGCUUGUAGAAAUAAGAAUUUCAAAAGUCAUUCAGUCAGAUUAUGGUAGUCGUUAGGAUGUGGUGUUCUCACAUUCUGGAAACUUUUUGUAAUUUAGAUGUAUCCUACUGAUGUGUGUAUGUUCAGUCUAAUCUGUGCUAACAUCAGAUCAGAUUCAAACUAACUAGGAUGGCACAGAUAUUAUCUGUGAUAUGUACAUGUAUACAGGCAUGUGCAAUGUGUGGAAAAGUGUGAAACUCAACAGUGUUACAUGUCUAAAGAAGAAAGCAAGCAAACAAAGAUAGUAUUCCAGCCUUCCACCCACUGCUCUGUGGUGAAAGUUGAAGUACAUGUAUCUUUUUCCACAUCGUAGUUGAAAUCGAGGGACCAGCGUCUUUUUCAUGUCACGUUUGUAUAGACUAGACUGGACUAAUGCUAGCCUGGGUGCCAGACCCAUAGCACACUACCAAGUUAUCCUGCUCACUGAGAUACUUUUUGUCCAGUGUGCUAUGGGUCUGGCAUCCAUGCUAGACUAAUGCUGGUCAUUUUGAAUCUGAAAUCUGUCAUUUAGCUAUAGGCUUCUAGGAAGUCAUGUCAGAAAUCUCACAUCUAAACUUCUUACUGAAAGUACAGUAAAGUUGAACAUAUCA